AUGGCGGCUCUCGGUCGUGAGGGCGAGAUCCUCGAUGAGAAGAAUGUGAGGCCUCACACCCCCGAGGAAGAUCUUAAGCAGGAGCAGGAGGUAGAUGAGUCGAUUACGGAUCUUUUCUCGCCUUUCCCCUCUCAAGGGAGUACCAGAGGAGGCGAACCCCUGACUGUCCGAGCCGUGGUCGUCGGCAUCAUCCUCGGAUCGUUGGUCAAUGCCUCUAAUGUCUAUCUCGGUCUGAAGACUGGCUUCACAUUCUCGGCCAACAUGUUUGGCGCCAUUUUCGGCUAUGCCAUCUUGACGAUUAUGUCCAAGUUGACCACCCCCAUCCUCGGUGGCUACUUUGGCCCCCAGGAGAACUCCAUCAUCCAGGCCGCCGCUACCGGUGCCGGAGGUAUGGGUGGUGUUUUCGUCGCUGGUUUCCCCGCCAUGUACCAGCUCAACCUCCUCUCCGACGACCCGAAGAAGGACUUUGGUCGUAUUCUCACCAUUACCAUUGUCUGCGCGCUCUUUGGUCUGUUCGCUGCGGUGCCGCUGCGAAAGUUCUUCAUCAUCAACGUUGCCCGCGAGCUCAACUUGAUCUUCCUAGCUGUAACCACCGCCACCGCCGUGACCAUCAGGUCUAUGCAUGCCGUGGGCUCUGGCGCCAACGAUGCCAUCAAGAAGAUCAAGGUGCUUGGUGCCACUUUCGUUGGUGCCGUCGUCCACACUGUAACGGCCCAGUACGCCAACGGUAUCCUCCGCGAGUGGCAUCUCUUCACCUACUUCUACAUCUGGAGCGACUACACGAACUGGGCGCAAAACAUCGAUAACUGGGGCUGGUACAUCUUGCUGACCCCCGCCUUCUUCGGCUCCGGUCUUCUCGUCGGUCUCAACACUGCGUUUUCCUGGUUCUUCGGUACUGUUGCUGCGUGGGGCAUCAUCGGGCCUCUAUUGGUUCACUACGGAGAAUGUGUUGGAUCGCAGCCAUACAAGGGUCACCCUAAGUGGGACAGCUACUACAGCUUCAACUCCAUGGCGAAUAUCGGAAAGGAGGGUUGGGUCGCAUCUCCCCGAUACUGGAUGUUGUGGCCCGGUGUCAUGGUCCUGGUCGUGUACAGCAUGGUCGAGUUCCUCAUCCACGGCAAGGUGCUCUGGGAUGGUGCCAAAUUCGCCUACCGCGAGAGCUGCCGCUCCGUCAACGAUAUGCUCGCGGCUCGUGGAAAGUCUAGCACCUACCUCGCCCGCCAGGCCAACAAGAUUGGAGAGUCUGACGACCUCGCGUCCCAGCUCGUGUAUGGUGGUAUUACCCAGCCCAUUGCCAAGGUCGAUGUUGCGGGUGCUCAGAGGAUCAACCUUAUUGCGGGUUCCAUCGCCUCGGGCACGGCCAACGUUGCCUCGGAUCUCGUGUCCGACUUCCGUGUUGGCUUCCUUCUUCGCACUCCUCCCCACCUCCAGUUCUACGCCCAGGGCAUUGGUGCCAUCGUCUCCAUCUUCCUCGCCCCCGGUGUUUUCGUCCUCUUCAUGGCCGCCUACCCAUGCAUCUGGCAGGAGAUGCCCGAGGAUUUCCAGUGUCCCUUCCGCGCCCCGUCCGUCUUCGCUUGGCGCGCCGUUGCCGAGGCCGUCACCAACCCUAAUAUUCCCAUCCCUCUAUCUAGCGCCAUCUUCUCGGGCGUCAUGGGUUUCAUCGCUAUCGUCCAGGCGCUCUUCAAGAACUUCUACCUCGUCGGCUCCCGCGAGAAGUAUCGGGUGUGGCUCCCCAACUGGAUGGCCGUCGGUGUCGCCUGGGUGCUUGGUGCGGACUCUGGCUACGCCAACGCCGUGCUCUUCGGUGCCAUCACCGCUUGGUGGUGGACUAAGUGGUUCCCCAAGAACUUUGAGAUGUACGGCUUCGCUGCCGCUGCCGGUCUCAUCGCUGGUGAGGGUUUCGCUGGCGUCAUCAACGCCAUUAUCGAGCUUCAGGGCAAGGGUGGUGGUGAUGUUGGCUCGCAAAUCGGCACGCCCGGUGGAGAAUGGUAA